GUGCAACUAAACGCAAUCUGCGCAUAGAAGUUUUAUUUAUUGAAAUUAUUGCUGCCAUGUGCCUUCAGAAGGAUAAAAUGAGCAAGCAAUAUAUUUUAUAUGAGCAUGCUGCUGGCUAUGCCUUAUUUUUUGUUGCUGAACCAGAAGAAUUUUUAACUCAAACCGCAGAAAUUGUUUCUGAAGUUGACAAAUUUAAGGAAGUAUGUCAUUUUCAGGCAUUUCAACCAUUUACAAGAGGACGAGAAGCCUUGGAGAACAUCAAUAGCAUUUCAGAAAGCAUACUUCAUGCUCAUCUUGAAGAACUUUUAAUCAACAAUCUUCCAAAAAAGAAAAAGAAGUAUGUACUUGGGGUGGAAGAUACACAGUUAAUUAAUUCAAUUAAGGAGAAGCUGGAAAUAAACUGUAAUUGCACAGAGGCUGUAAAGGAGUUGAUUAGAGGGAUUAGAUUUCAUUUCCAUGAUCUAGUGCCUGGUUUCUGUGAUUUAAAUGCUGCCACUAAAGUUCAACUUGGGCUUGCUCAUGCCUAUUCACGUUCUAAAGUCAAGUUCAACAUUGCUCGAGUUGACAACAUGAUUAUUCAAACUAUUACUUUAGUGGAUCAAAUGGACAAGGAUAUUAAUUCUUUGUCUAUGAAGAUACGUGAAUGGUAUUCUCAUCAUUUCCCUGAACUCAUCAAAAUUGUCCCUGAGAAUAAUUUAUACAUUCCGUGUGUCAAUGCUAUAAAAGACAGAAAAAAUUUGUCUGAAGAUGUUGCAGAACGUUUGGAAAAUAUACUAAAUGAUCCUGAGAAAGUGCAGAAUGUUUUAGAGUUGGCUCGCAGUUCAAUGGGAAUGGAGGUAUCUGAAUGUGAUUUGGAAAAUAUGCUUUAUUGUGCAGAAAGAGUUAUUGCAUUAAUUCAACGUAGGAAAGAUUUGACAGAUUAUUUGAAGGCCAAAAUGACAUGUGUGGCACCCAACUUGGCUGCUCUCAUCGGAGAAUUCGUUGGAGCUCGUCUUAUUGCUCAGGCUGGCAGCUUGACCAAUCUUGCCAAAUCUCCAGCUUCUACAGUGCAAAUUUUGGGAGCUGAAAAAGCACUUUUUAGAGCUCUUAAAACAAAAGGAAAUACUCCAAAAUAUGGAAUCAUCUUUAAUUCCAAAUUUAUUGGAAAAGCUGCCAAAAUUUACAAAGGACGCAUUUCUAGAUAUUUAGCGAAUAAGUGCUCUGUAGCAUCAAGGAUAGAUUGUUUCCGAGAUAUUCCAACUGAUGUAUUUGGGAGUAAGAUGAAGCAACAAGUUGAAGAGAGAUUGAAAUUUUAUGAUGCCCCACCAAACUCUGAGACACCCAGGAAAAAUGUAGACGUUAUGGAUGAAGCAUUGGAAGAGGCUGAAAUUUCACAACGGGAAAUUUUGAAAAGAAUGAAAAAGGAUAAGAAAAAGGCAAAGAAAAGAAAGUUAGAAGAAUUGUGUCUCGCUACUGAACUAGAUAAAACUAUUGCAGCAUUGGCCGAAGGCACUGUAGCAGAUGAAGUUGAUACAAGUAUAGUAAAGAAAAAGAAAAAAAAGAACAAGAAGUUAAAUGAUGCUCCUGUAGCAGAUGAAGUUGACACAAGUAUAGAAAAGAAAAAGAAAAGGAACUUAAAUGAUGCUCCAGUAGCAGAUGAAGUUGACACAAGUAUAGAAAAGAAAAAGAAGAAAAGGAAGUUAAAUGAUGCUGAAUAAGAGCAUUGUAUUGAACAUCAUGUACAUCAUUUUAUGUGAUAAGUAAAUGAAUAUUUUUGAACUUUU